CCGGAAGUAGCUCUCCGGAAGGAGCGUGUCUGCUUUUCUGAUCCUGCCUAACGCGGCGUGCUGACCCGCCGGCACCAUGCAGUCGGACGAUGUUAUCUGGAAUACUCUAGGAAAUAGACAGUUUUGUUCUUUCAAAAUAAGAACCAAGACUCAGGGCUUUUGCAGAAAUGAAUAUAGUCUGACUGGGCUGUGUAAUCGGUCAUCCUGCCCUCUGGCAAAUAGUCAGUAUGCUACCAUCAAAGAAGAGAAAGGACAGUGCUACCUGUACAUGAAGGUCAUAGAGCGAGCAGCUUUCCCUCGCCGCCUCUGGGAACGGGUCCGGCUUAGUAAAAACUAUGAGAAAGCACUGGAACAAAUAGAUGAAAAUUUAAUUUACUGGCCCCGUUUCAUUCGACACAAAUGUAAGCAGAGAUUUACCAAGAUAACCCAGUACCUGAUUCGAAUUAGAAAGCUUACACUGAAGCGACAGAAGAAACUUGUUCCUUUGAGUAAAAAAGUUGAACGACGGGAAAAACGAAGAGAGGAAAAAGCAUUAAUAGCUGCCCAGCUGGACAAUGCCAUUGAGAAGGAAUUAUUGGAGCGACUGAAACAAGAUACGUAUGGAGACAUCUACAAUUUCCCCAUCCAUGCCUUUGACAAGGCCCUAGAGAAACAGGAAGCAGAGAGUGACUCUGAAGAUGAAGAAGAAGAUGAGGAGGAAGAUGAAGAGGAUGUAGGAAAAAGAGAGUUUGUAGAAGAUGAUGAGGUAGAUGAGAGUGACCUGAGUGACUUUGAGGAUAUGGAUAAGUUGAAUGCUGACACUGAUGAAGAACAGGAUGAAUCCUCCAGUGAAGAAGAAGUUAAGGCCAAGCACAAAGGCAAAGCACCCCUGAAAGGACCUUUGCGGAAAAAACGGGCCUAUGUGGAAAUAGAGUAUGAGACAGAGCCCACGGCCAAAGCCAAAACCACAUGA